AUGGGAAGCUAUGUUGAAGGGACGCCUUUUCAGGGAUUUAUCAUAGAAGAAGAGAGUACCAAGAAGAGUAAGGCAUCUAUUUCUUCUCUGAAGGAUGCUCAGAAAGUGAUACAAGCUGGAGGCUCUCCCAGCUGGGGAAAGUUGAUAGAACUGCCAGAGAACAAGCGCCGAGAAGGACUGGGUUUCUGCCCAUCAGCUGAUUUGUCCAAGCCUAAGAUCGUUGGCGAACCGAUCAGAGGUACUUUCCACAGCUCUGGGUUCAUUCAUGCAAUCAUUGAAGAUAAUCCCGAAAGAGUGCCACGAAGCUUUGUGACACAAGGAGGGUCUAGCCACAAUUGGGUUGCUGCGGAAGAAGAAGAGAACGAAGAGAUUCCCGACGAAAUAUCUCGGCUACUUGAACAAGAAAGAAAGAUCAUUCAGCCUUAUGGGGAAGAAUUAGAAGCAAUCAACUUGGGUACCGAAGAAGACAAGAAGGAGAUCAAGAUUGGGGCAUCACUUGAGGUAAGUGUCAAGAAGCGAGUGAUAGAGCUUCUCAAAGAAUAUGUUGAUGUGUUCGCUUGGUCGUACCGAGAUAUGCCAGGUCUGGAUACUGAUAUUGUGGUACACCAUUUGCCUUUGAAGCCCGAAUGUCCGCCGGUCAAGCAGAAAUUGAGAAGAACCCGUUCUGAUAUGGCCCUCAAGAUCAAAGAGGAAGUGCAAAAACAGAUCGAUGCAGGUUUCCUCUUUACAUCAAAAUACCCUCAAUGGCUAGCCAACAUAGUGCCUGUUCCGAAGAAGGAUGGCAAAGUCAGAAUAUGUGUUGAUUACCGUGACCUUAACAAAGCUAGUCCCAAAGAUGAUUUUCCAUUACCUCAUAUUGAUGUACUGGUUGACAGCACUGCAAAAUCCAAAGUGUUCUCCUUCAUGGAUGGUUUCUCCGGUUACAAUCAGAUCAAGAUGGCGCCCGAAGACAAAGAGAAGACGUCUUUCAUCACACCUUGGGGCACUUUCUAUUACAGAGUAAUGCCGUUCGGUUUGAUCAAUGCAGGGGCUACUUAUCAAAGGGGUAUGACUACUAUCUUUCACGACAUGAUACACAAAGAGAUUGAGGUUUAUGUGGAUGACAUGAUCGUCAAGUCAAUCACUGAAGAACAACAUGUUGAGUAUUUGCUAAAGAUGUUCCAACGGCUAAGAAAGUACAGACUUCGUCUGAAUCCCAACAAGUGUACUUUUGGUGUUAGAUCCGGAAAGCUUCUGGGCUUCAUUGUUAGUCAGAAAGGUAUUGAAGUAGAUCCAGACAAGGUCAAAGCCAUCAGAGAGAUGCCAGCUCCGCAAACAGAAAAACAAGUAAGGGGGUUUCUCGGACGACUGAACUACAUCUCCCGUUUCAUUUCUCAUAUGACUGCAACAUGUGGGCCGAUAUUCAAACUCCUCCGCAAGGAUCAAGGGAUUGAUUGGACAGAAGAUUGCCAGAAAGCUUUUGAUAGCAUCAAAGCGUACUUACUAGAACCUCCGAUUCUCAUCCCUCCAGUUGAAGGAAGACCACUAAUCAUAUACUUGACUGUACUAGAAGAUUCCAUGGGUUGUGUGCUCGGACAACAAGACGAAACUAGAAGAAAGGAGCAUGCCAUUUAUUAUUUAAGCAAGAAGUUUACUGAUUGUGAAUCUCGCUAUUCCAUGCUCGAGAAGACUUGUUGCGCACUAGCCUGGGCUGCUAAACGUCUCCGUCACUAUAUGAUUAGUCAUACUACUUGGUUGAUAUCUAAGAUGGAUCCGAUCAAGUACAUCUUUGAGAAACCUGCUUUGACAGGAAGAAUUGCCCGGUGGCAGAUGUUAUUAUCCGAAUAUGAUAUUGAGUAUCGUACCCAGAAAGCAAUCAAAGGCAGUAUCCUUGCUGAUCACUUGGCUCACCAACCAAUUGAAGACUAUCAGCCCAUCAAGUUCGACUUUCCUGACGAAGAGAUUAUGUAUUUGAAGAUGAAAGAUUGUGACGAACCACUACUCGGGGAAGGUCCAGAUCCUGAAUCAAAAUGGGGUCUAAUAUUCGACGGAGCUGUUAAUGUUUAUGGUAGUGGAAUUGGGGCAAUCAUUAUUACUCCUAAGGGUGCACACAUCCCCUUCACUGCCAGGCUAACAUUCGACUGUACAAACAACAUGGCAGAGUACGAAGCGUGUAUCAUGGGUAUCGAAGAAGCCAUCGAUCUGAGAAUCAAGAACCUCGACAUUUAUGGUGACUCAGCCCUUGUAAUCAAUCAAAUCACAGGAGAAUGGGAGACUCGUCACCCCGGCUUGGUUCCCUACAAAGACUAUGCAAGACGAUUACUGACCUUCUUCAACAAAGUCGAGCUACACCAUAUUCCUCGUGAUGAGAACCAGAUGGCGGAUGCUCUGGCUACUUUGUCUUCAAUGUACCAAGUAAAUCGUCGGAAUGAAGUACCACUGAUCCAUAUCAGACGUCUUGAGAGACCCGCUCAUGUAUUCGCCACUGAAGAAGUUGUUGAUGACAAGCCAUGGUUCCACGAUAUCAAAUGUUUCCUUCAAAGGCAAGAGUAUCCACUUAGAGCAUCCAGUAAAGACAAGAAGACUCUAAGAAGAUUGUCUGUCAAUUUCUUCCUGAACGGGGACAUUUUAUAUAAAAGAAACUUCGAUAUGGUGUUGCUCAGAUGUGUUGACAAACAUGAGGCAGACUUAUUGAUGCAUGAAAUACACGAAGGAUCCUUCGGAACUCAUUCUAACGGACAUACAAUGGCCAAGAAGAUAUUGAGAGCAGGUUAUUACUGGAUGACAAUGGAAGCCGACUGUUACAAGCAUGCCAGGAAGUGUUAUAAGUGUCAAAUCUAUGCCGAUAAGAUUCAUGUGCCGCCGACUGCACUCAAUAUUCUUUCCUCCCCGUGGCCAUUCUCUUUGUGGGGCAUUGACAUGAUUGGAAGAAUUGAACCCAAAGCUUCAAAUGGACACCGCUUCAUUCUAGUGGCUAUUGACUAUUUCACCAAAUGGGUUGAAGCUGCAUCUUAUGCUAAUGUGACCAAGCAGGUGGUAGUCAAGUUUAUCAAAAAUCAUAUUAUUUGCCGCUAUGGUGUCCCUAGCCGGAUCGUUACAGAUAAUGGGACGAAUCUGAACAACAAGAUGAUGAAAGAAUUGUGUGAUGAUUUCAAGAUCGAACACCAUAAUUCUUCGCCUUACAGACCUCAGAUGAAUGGGGCAACCCCUUUCUCUUUGGUAUAUGGCAUGGAGGCAGUACUUCCCAUAGAAGUUGAGAUUCCUUCAAUACGAGUUUUAAUGGAGGCUGAAUUAUCAGAGGCUGAGUGGGUUCAAAGUAGGUAUGACCAAUUGAAUCUGAUCGAAGAAAAGCGCAUGUCUGCUCUUUGUCAUGGUCAGCUGUAUCAAAAGAGGAUGAAGCAGGCUUUUGACAAGAAAGUUCAUCCCCGUGAAUUCAAAGAAGGUGAUCUUGUGCUCAAAAAAAUCUUGACUUUCCAACCCGACUCUAGGGGCAAGUGGACGCCUAACUAUGAAGGCCCGUAUGUUGUCAAGAAAGCUUACUCAGGCGGUGCCAUGACUCUUCAAACCAUGGAUGGUGAAGAACUUCCACGUCCUUCUGUCAUUCAAAUCAAUAAUAUUCGAGCAUAUGGCCCUUCUGUUUGA